AUGGACUUUCUUCCAUCGGCUCUACGAACUACUCGGCAUACGGCCCCGCCUUUAAAGCCAUCGACAUCCAGAAAAAAACACGCUCUCCGUUGGCUAGGCCAUCAGCACGGCUUCUUGGACGGCGACAAGCAUGCCCGCGAUGGCGUCCCGGACGUCGGCGUCGCAAAGGUCAUCCGCUCACUCAUGUCGGCAAGUACCAUGUUCACCGUCUUCAUCGCAUACCACACAACACACCCACUCUUAACUAUCACCUUCCUCUCGCUGUCCCUCGAAGCAGGGCUGUUCUAUAUCAUCUUCGAAUUCUGGUUCUACUGGUAA